AUGGCGCCGAAGAAAACAACAACCACUACCGGUAACAACAACCACGAGCAGCGUCCGGAAGGUCUGACUGCCGAGUGGGCUGAGCUUCGUACCACACUGCUCGCGAUGCAGGAACACAUUCAAGCAACGAUCCACGCAUCGAUCAACGAGAUGGGAGAGAUGCUACUGAAUCGUUUGGAUAAUAGGCAUCGUCGCCGCGAUCACGAAAAUCCUUUUGCUUGUCUUGACGGUGAGACAGAAGACGAGGAGGAUCCGGAUCACAGACGUGUCCAUCGACCUGGUCGUAACACAAACAACAAUCACGGUGAUGAUCGUGACAAUCGAUGGGAGUACAGCUUUAAGGUGGAUAUCCCUGAAUUUCAUGGAGGUGUCCGUGGCGAUGAGCUCGUUGACUGGAUCGUCUCAGUCGAGGAGGUUCUGGAUUUCAAGCAAGUCCCCGACGAUCGACGUGUCCCACUCGUUGCCAUGCGUUUUCGUGGCCACACAGCAUCAUGGUGGAAACAAUUCAAAUCCACAUGCACGCGUACAGGCAAAGAACCCGUGAAAUCGUGGGAGAAACUCAAAAAGCAUCUCCGUCACACCUUUCUCCCUCAUAACUACGAUCGUACUAUGUACAAUCGCCUGCAAAAUCUGAAGCAAGGCAAUCGUAGCGUUGAUGAAUACGCCACUGAGUUUUCACAGCUCCUGACUCGUAAUGAGUUAUAUGACUCGCAAAUCCAGCUUGUCUCGCGCUUCAUUGGUGGAUUACGUCCGCAAUUAAAAUCAGCGCUGGCACAAUUUGACCCAGGUACCGUGUCUGAAGCGCAGCGUCGCGUUGCUACAUUCGAGCAACAACAGCGAUCGUCGUCGUGGACCACUUCGAGUUCCCGGUCACGACCGCCGGAAUCGACGUUAUCCCCUGCUGCUGGCGCCUCUCGCGACACUUCUGACCCGACUCCGAUCAGUCUACGCCCUCCGCAGAUGCCAGAAGAAGCACAGCUCCGCCGUUCCACGCGCCCAAACGCCUUGCGUUGUUAUGGUUGCGGUGAGGCAGGGCAUCGUCAAACAGCUUGCCCCAACCAAUCGCGUCGGGGAUUGCUCAUCGACGAUUCCGCGCCUGACCAACUACCAGUGUAUGACUCUCAGGAGGAAACAGAGAAGGACAUGGACGUUUUCCAGACUAGCGGUGAUACUGGUCCCCUUUUGCUUACUCGCCUCCUCGUCGAUUCUCCAUCGACCGAGUGGAUUGACUCUAUGGGCGAACCAAUCGCUGAAAGCGACAUGACGGCUUCGUUCUUCAUGGAUCGCGAAUCCAUCCUCGUGAAAUCGCCGUACCUGUGUGAUGCCGCCAAGCCGCAGUGA